UGUUUAAGUACAUCUAAGUGCGGUAAUUCUUGUACAGGUAUAUCCAUGUGCUGUAAUUCUUGUAGAUGUAUAUAUAGCAGCUGUAAGUCUUGUAGAUGUAUAUAUAGUAGCUGCAAUUCCUGUAGAUGUAUAUCCAUGUUCUGUAAUUCUUGUAGAUGUAUAUACAGUAUCUGUAAUUCUUGUAGAUGUAUAUAUAGUAGCUGUAAUUCUUGUAGAUGUAUAUAUAGUAGCUGUAAUUCUUGUAGAUGUAUAUAUAGUAGCUGUAAUUCUUGUAGAUGUAUAUAUAGUAGCUGUAAUUCUUGUAGAUGUAUAUAUAGUAGCUGUAAUUCUUGUAGAUGUAUAAAUAGUAGCUGUAAUUCUUGUAGAUGUAUAUAUAGUAGCUGUAAUUCUUGUAGGUGUAUAUAUAGUAGCUGUAAGUCUUGUAGGAUGUAUAUAUAG